AUGGUAAGUAUAGGGCGUCGACAGAGGCGCAUUUGGAAUUGCUCGAAGUGCUGCGAGAACUUCGACACGUCGAAGAAGCUGCGCCAGCAUCGGCAGUGCCAUCGAAAGAACGAAAGCGACAUCCAGUAUAAUUACCGAUUGGACGAAAAGCGGCAGAUUUACUGUUGCUUAACGUGCGACGUCGAGACGGACGGCAAGCUCGAAAUGGAAACGCACGUUUUGGACCACGAGGAGAAGUACACGUGUUCGGUGUGUGGGGAAGCCUUCGUGAGGCCCUACGAGUACUCUUGCCAUCUGUACGGGCACGAUCAGUCGAAGGGGUUUUGCUGCCCGUUUUGUAAGUAUAAAACCCCGAGACGGACGGCCAUCAUCAUACACAUCAACACGUUCCAUUUGCGCAAGUUUAUUUACAACUGCGCGCAGUGCGGGAAGGGCUUUAACGACUGUCUGCUGUUCAAAGAGCACAGCAACGUGCACGAGGGCAAGAGACCCUUCCGCUGCGUCGUGUGCAAUAAGGAUUUCGCAUUCUCGAGCUAUUUGACAUCGCACCAAGUGCGCUACCACAGGGUGACGAUCGACGGCGUACUCGGCAAGAAUCAGUGCCACGUUUGCCUCAGAAACUUCGCGAGGAACACGACCUUGGAAAAUCACCUCAAAAUACACGACAAGAAAAAAGUCCACGAGAAGCGCCACCUGUGCGACAUCUGCGGCAAGAGUUUCGCGCAGAUCGACAAAUGGAGAGUGCACUACCGGGUGCACACCGGCGUCAAACCGUACACCUGCUCCUACUGCGCGAAAAGCUUCACGAAGCGAGACUACCUAAUCAUGCACGAGCGCGUGCACAGCGGCGAGAAGCCGUACUCGUGCAAGCACUGCGGCAAGUGCUUCAACCAGGGGGCGCCACUACGCCUGCACGUGCGCAGCCAUACCGGCGAACGUCCGUACUUGUGUAACUUAUGCCAUACCGGGUUUAUAUCCAGGAGCGUUCUCAAUCUACAUCAGAAACACUGCUCGGGAAUCGAGUCGAAGUAG